AUGCAAGUCACUCUAGCUGCGCAAAUUAAUUAUAAUGCGCCUCAUCAGAAAUUGAAUCUUGUUAUAUAUCCUGACUUUUUUGAAGGAGAUCAGGAUUCUAUAAUCUGGUUGGAUGAAAUAGAAAAGGCAUUUGCUGCUAAUUUGAAAUUAGAAGAAGAGGAGUUAGAGGAGGAAACUUUAGAGCAAUUAAUAAAAGAGGAGAUAGGUAAAGAAGAAAAGGUCAAUAACCCCUCUGAG